GUGUGUGAGCCUGAGCCAGUAAUCCCUCUCCCGGUCUUCUCCUUUUUUACAUUCUCUUCGCCACUUUCCUUUUGCCUUCUCAAAACCCUAUAAAUGGCGUCCCGGUCUCUCUCUCUCUCCCCUUCCGAAUCCCACCUAGCUCAUCCGCGCUUCUCUCUCUCUCUCUACAUCUGUCUUCCAUCCUCCACUGGCCACGUCAUCCAUGGAUGUGGUGCUGCAAAGUCGUAGCAGCAACAACAUGGCGGCCGAGCAGGAGGAGGAGGCGGAGCUCCGGCGGGGGCCGUGGACGGUGGACGAGGACCUUACGCUGAUCAACUACAUCUCGGAUCACGGCGAGGGCCGCUGGAACGCGCUGGCGCGGGCCGCCGGCCUGAGGCGCACGGGGAAGAGCUGCCGGCUGCGGUGGCUGAACUACCUCCGCCCCGACGUGAAGCGCGGCAACUUCACCGCCGACGAGCAGCUCCUCAUCCUCGACCUCCACUCUCGCUGGGGUAACCGGUGGUCGAAGAUCGCGCAGCACCUCCCGGGUCGGACGGACAACGAGAUCAAGAACUACUGGAGGACCAGGGUGCAGAAGCACGCAAAGCAGCUCAACUGCGAUGUCGGCAGCCCCACCUUCAAGGAUGCCAUGAGGUACCUCUGGAUGCCCCGCCUCGUCGAGCGCAUCCACGCCGCCGCCACCACCGCCACUGGCGGCGAGCCCUCAAUCGGCGACACGUCCUGCGCGUCAGGAGUCACGUUGAUGGCUACCGCCGUCGCCACCGCCACCGCAUGCCCCGAGAACAACUCUCCGGCCAGCGCGGUCACCAGCAGAUCGGCAUCGUCGGGUUCGAUCACGUCGGAGCUCUGCGGCGACGAGAAGAACCUGCAUGUCCAUGGCAACGACGAUAAGACAACCAGCGGCGGGGACUGGCCGAUGCAGGACGUGGACCAAGAGUUCUGGGCCAUGCAUAUGCAGAUCCAGCCUGACGACGGUGGUCUUUUCCAAGACCAUGAGCUUAGUGGAUGGGUGCAGGGCUUCUCCGACGUCGGCGUUUCGGCUGAUAACCUCUGGAGCCUCGAGGACAUAUGGAAGAUGCAAUGAUUUUUCCAGUGAUUGAGGAGCGAUUUUUAUACUUAUAUACAUGUGUAUCAUAGAACUGGUACAGUAGAUCAUAUACACCGGAGUAAGGAUGGCCGCAAACUUAACUACGAGCUAACUAAUUAAUUUUCUUUAGAGCUAACGUUAGUAAUUACUAUUACUACUAAUGUGCAUCACAGUAAGUGUAAGGCACUAGGGGUUCUUCGUUGGAUCUUGUUUUACUUUUUGUGCCUUUUCCACCCAUGAAGGGUUGUUUUGCCUUGUGUGGCUCAAUGGCGGAAAGGAGAGAUGAUGACAGCAUUAUAUGUUUAAUGCAUAUCUAAGAAGAACUGCACAAUUGAUGAUU